AUGGAUGUGUUCGGGGGGUCGCCGUCUAGUCAAUUGAAUAAGACAAUCACCGACAUGAAAGAAAAAUUUGCCGAACAACUCGACUCCCACGUUAAUUUGAUCGGAAUAAAUUAUUCAAAAAUCGCGAAGCUUGAUGAAAAGUUUACCAAUGAAUUAGGUUUGCACACUAACUUAAUCACGGCCAACGAUGAAAAAAUAUCGUCGUUCAACGAUCGAGUCCUAGCGAACGAAAUGCAAAUAAUUCGACUAGGAACAAUCGGGUCAGUGCAGGCGAACGAUAAAUAUUUUUUAGAAAAUAAUAAUAAAAUCGAAUCGUGCAUUGAGUCCAUAGAGGAUGUAAAUAAAUACAUUAAAGAUUUAAAAGUCUCGCUGGCUCAUGCGUAUGCCAGAAUAAUUAUACUCGAGGACAGAUUCGCGGAGAAUUGGAAACAGUCAGAUCCCUAA